GGGGUCAGAGGCCGGCUGUGUUGAUGUUGACACUAGGCCGGGCCCGCAGACGGGCCGUGGUGGACGCUGCUGUCAGGAAACUUCGAAAGCGGUAGAGGAGAGAGGGAAGAAGCUGGUCUGGUGGAUCCGGGCUGCUCUGAAUAACUGCUUCCCUCUUGGGCGCCUCCUGGAGAUUGAUUGAUGCGCUCUCUUCCGCCUUCCUGCUGAGCUGCACUGAGCUGCGGUGGGGAAAGCGAUAUAUUGUGAUUGAUCCUGUCAUCCGGGCACUUGUCUCCGCCUUUCCCCUUUUACCCUUUCUAAAAGAGUGUUUGCCGUCCCCUUCGGCUUUUCGUCCGCCUAGUUGCCCUUCCUCCCUUAGCCCUCUUCAUCCGGGUAACCUGCCUGUUUCUUAGCCCUCUUCAUCCGGGUACCCGCUUGCUCCCUGGCCCUCUUUAUCCUGGUGUUUACGCUUCGUCUCCCUCUCGGAUAUCUUUCUGUUCCUUCCCUCUCCUUCUCCCCCCGAUCCCUCACCUGACCCACAUUAGCCCUCCCAUACGGCUACUUUCCAAGGCCCCCCGUCCGUGUUCGUUUGGGUAGCUGCCAUUACAUACCCUCUCAAUCCGGGUGUUUGCCCCCCUCUGCUUCCCCAGGAGUCUUUUUUUCGCCUCCUUUCCCUCCCUGCCGCCCCUCCCCUCCCCACCCGCGUUUUUGCCAUGACUAUUCUGCCCAAGAAGAAAGCUUGUCCAGCAGCAGGGGACGGAGACCGGGAUCAGCCUGGCUCUCGAGGGGGAGGCCCAGGAGGGCCCGUGGGCCCCGGCGGCGUUGGGGGCCAAGACCCGCGAGGCUGCUCUGGCUCUGACUCCCACGCACGGGGCCCCGGCGGAGGCGUCGGAGGAGGGGGCGGCCCCGGAGACCCACAUUCAGGACGUGGCGGGGCUCGUCCCCGGGCCUCGCCCCCUCCCCCACCGCCCCGUUGGGGACUGCCCCCCGCCGGCUCCCCUCCGCCGCCCAAUCCUGGUGUCGGAGCCGGUGGCGACGGCCCCGGCCUUGGCCUGCUGGACCCCGGCGUGGCCGAGGCGCGGGGCGGGGUCGGCGGCGGCUGCUGCUCCGGGCCCGGCCACAGUAAGCGGCGGCGGCGGGGGGGCGCUGGCGGGGGGCUGGGGGCAGGAGGGCCCGGCGGAGGGGGCGGCAACAGUCCCGAGCAAGAUGAGGCCGGCGCAGGCUACAACAGCGAGGACGAGUACGAGACGGCGGCGGCCCGCAUCGAGAGCAUGGACCCAGCGACCGUAGAGCAGCAGGAACACAGGUUCGAGAAGUCGCUGAGAGAGAAGAAAGGUUUCAUCAUAAAACAGAUGAAGGAAGAUGGGGCCUGCUUGUUCCGGGCUGUGGCUGACCAGGUAUAUGGCGACCAAGAUAUGCAUGAAGUGGUCAGGAAACACUGUAUGGACUACCUGAUGAAGAAUGCUGAUUAUUUCUCCAAUUACGUGACAGAAGAUUUCACCACGUACAUCAACCGGAAGCGGAAAAGCAACUGUCAUGGCAACCACAUUGAGAUGCAGGCCAUGGCAGAGAUGUACAAUCGACCUGUGGAGGUUUACCAAUAUGGCACAGAGCCCAUCAACACUUUCCACGGCAUCCAUCAGAAUGAGGAUGAACCCAUCCGGGUGAGCUAUCAUCGCAACAUCCAUUACAACUCGGUGGUGAACCCUAACAAGGCGACCAUUGGAGUGGGACUGGGGCUGCCCUCCUUCAAGCCAGGGUAUGCAGAGCAGUCUUUGAUGAAGAAUGCCAUCAAGACGUCAGAGGAGUCGUGGAUCGAGCAGCAGAUGCUGGAGGAUAAGAAGCGAGCAACUGACUGGGAAGCCACCAACGAGGCCAUUGAGGAGCAGGUUGCCAGGGAGUCUUAUCUGCAGUGGCUGCGCGAUCAGGAAAAGCAGGCCCGGCAGCCCCGCAAAGCCAGUGCUACCUGCAGCUCGGCCACAGCGGCUGCCGCAAGUGGAUUGGAAGAAUGGAGUGGCCGCUCUCCCCGUCAGCGCAGCUCAGCGUCUUCCCCGGAGCACCCGGACCUGCACAAUGAGCUGAAUGUGGCCAAGCCGCCUUCCCCUGGCAACACCGCAGCCCUGGCCCUCACAAAGCCCCCCUCGCCAUGUGCUCCUGGUACAAGCAGCCAGCUUUCUGCAAGUGGUGGCCAAGCAACCCCUCCCUUAGUGUCGUUGUAUCCAGCCCUGGAGUGCCGGGCAAUAAUGCAACAGAUGUCACCCACAGCAUUUGGCUUGAGUGACUGGGAUGACGACGAGAUUUUGGCCUCGGUGCUGGCAGUAUCGCAACAGGAGUACUUGGAGAGCAUGAAGAAGAGUGCGCUGCACAGAGACUGUGGUUCCGACAAGAGUUGAUAACUCGCCUGCAGCUCCUGUGCUCACCUGACACCCCUUAGGUGCAUGUUUUGGCAGGUCGGAUGAAGAUAUCUGGGACCCCUCCCCUCCUCCACUGCUGCUGAUCAACGCUCCUUCAGCUGCCCUUCUGCUCCCCAUCUUUGGCCCUCUGCCUCUGACAACCAGCGAGCUGGGGGAGAAGCGCAAGAGGGACGGGGCCGCCUCUGCAAGGAGCUGGGACACGCACAAGUGGGACAUGCUGGGCUUCCCCUUAUCAGCCGUUCUUUCAUUAUUAAAAGAAGUCAUUGAUCUGGU